AUGGAUCAACGACCACUUCCCCAAGGAUGGAUUGCUAAAUGGGAUCCAAGAUAUCAACGACAUUACUUUGUUGAACCUAGUAAAGGAAUCACAACAUGGGAAGAUCCAAGAGGCCCAUUAUCUUCUCAACAUCAACAAUAUAGUUAUCAUAAUCAAACGACAAUAACGUCUCGUUCUCCAC